AUGAAGCAUGAAUUGGGAGGGCUGUCAAAGAAAUCUAUCAGGGAAAUUCACAUUCUUGAGUUUCCUCGUGGUCAUGCUUCUUUCGUCGAACUAAAGGGUCUCGCCAGAGACGGGAAGGAUGGACUUUUUACGGUGAUGGAGUUCGUAGAAAAUAAUCUUAGAACACACAUGACUUUUAUGGAAAGGUCGAUAUUUACUUGCGAAGUAAAAGAUUUGAUGCAGCAGUUGCCGGUAGGCAUCAAGUUUCUUCAUGACAAUGGAAUGAUGCAUCGGGACCUAAAGCCUUCGAACAUUCUAGUUCCGAAAAAAAGCUUGCUGAAAAUAUGCGACUUUGGGCUUUCACAACUCUAUGAUUAUAAUAAUGAAAUGCACACAUUGGGAGUCGGGGACUAUGUACUCCUAGCACUAGAGAUGCUUCUCGAACUGAAGAAUUAUACAUGUGCAGUGGUCAAUGGGAUGCAUAAUGGCCGAGCAGUUCGAUACUCGAAGUGCAGCCCCCGUCAGGCACUCAAAGAAACAAAUAAUCAAAGAAUAAAAGAUCUUCAGCAGCAGAUGACCGAGUUGACAUCCAUCGUUCAACAGCUGGUUGUAGGGAAGACGCAACAGGUUCAUGCUUUUGGACUUUUCUCGAGCUCUGAUCAUGCUAUCUACACUUGUCCUACACUGCAGUAUGAAAGAGGUUUGAUGUAG